UGUACAAACAGGAUGCUGCUCCUCGGACACAUUCAGACAGCAACUGUGUUGCAGCUCUGCAUUCAUUUCUUCAUUUUCUGUGGGACAUUUUAUUGUUUCUUUACUUUUGGAACAAAUCUAUCCAUUAAAUAUUUACUCCUGUUACCUUGAGAUACAAUUCAACUUGAGGGUGAAAGGGAGGAACAUUGGAACAACCAAAAGGUAUGAACUGCUGUUAGUUACCAAGGAGGAACCCAUCUGACAAACAACAAGAAGACGAGAGACUCCAUACUGUUUACAGCGUUCAUAAGGGUUUUACUGUAUCAAACCAACGUUCUACAGAUAUCCACCGGAACCAAACUAUUCUGACAAUUAUCUCAGUAGAUUUGACUGACGUUGGAAGAGAUGAGAUCUAUGUUUUCCCACCCUGCCGUCCUGUUCCUGUGGAUUCAGAGUUCUAGUGGAUGGAUGCAUCCUAAAUGCCAGAUUUAUGACAGUAGUGAAGACUUGGGACACUUUCCCACCUGGAUCUGCAGCCAACUACCUCAUCAUGCAGAACGUUACACUGCUGCCUGUCAAGAUGUCACAGCCAUCGAGGAGGAUCUACUUGGACUUCCCCCUAAUAUCAAUACCCUCUGCAUAUCUAUGACACAUGGUGAAAAUAGAUCCAUGUCUCUGGGCUUUUUCUCUCAGUUUCAGGAUCUGGAGUACCUGUACAUUGAUGGCUGUUUUACUCAAAUCCUUCCAACUGCAAAUAGUCACCUUCCAAAUCUGCAACAUAUGUACUUAGGUAAAUGGGAAAUGGACUCAGAUUGCUGUGAUUGUCAUAUUGGGCCCCAUACAUUCAGAGAUCUCGUCAAGCUGAGUCAUUUGACUCUUUGGAGUUAUAGACUGUCAGCAAUGUCCCCAGAUGUUUUCCAUGGCAUUCCUCUGUUACAAAGUCUCAUCAUUAGGGAACCCUGUUUAGAAGAUUUGUCAGAGAUAGCAUGUAGAAUUAUGAAUAUUAAGUCACUUGUUAGGUUGUAUGUAGACGCAACAAACAUACGAUCGUUAAACAUUUCAAACUGCUCCGUGUUAAACACCAACGAAAGCAUGACACCUGUUUUUAACAAUCUAGCGUUCUCUGACUUCUCAGUUGGUGAAAUAACACAUAUAGAGGAAGGUUCACUGGCUUGGCUCCAGAACCUCACAAUGUUAACAGGGGCUUUCAGCCAGGAAGUCCUGAUGGACCUUCCCCUGUCUGGGAUAAAACAAAUCCAGGUCUUCAGUUGCCAUGGGAUCAAUGUCAUUGAUAUUGAAAGUAUCUGUAAUGUAGUGUUUUUGCUUUCAGUCAAGAAAAUAUUUGUAAACAAUUUCAAUACAAGCAGCCUCUCUAUGUCCAGUGUUGAAUUGUGCAUUGGGCUAGAAUAUAUGUAUUUAAGUGUACCUUUGUCUUUCCAUCCUACUACCCAUUUGGAAUGGAAUUUUAUUUCCAGUCUCAAAAACCUUAAUCAAUUAAAAAUAGACGGCCUGGAAGAUAACAGACUUGAUAUUUGCUCCUUCCAAAAACAACCAAUAACAUGGUUAACAAAUCUCACUUUAGGGUUGAAAAAUGAAAUGCUUUUUGCUAAACAAUUUAGCUGUCUUGUUAAGCUGCUGUAUCUGGAUAUGAAACAUAAUUUAAUUUCAAACAUUGAAGACUUUGCUUUCCUGGGAUUGACAAAUCUGGAGUCCUUAGACAUUACAAGAAAUAAGAUAACACAGAUAAAUGCUAAUACAUUUUAUGGUUUACAUAGUUUGACAUGGUUAGACCUCAGGAACAAUCCACUUAUUCACAACAUUGAGGCGAUGUCUUUCACACACCUCAUGUCUCUUAGACAAGUGUUUCUCGGGCAAGUGAACAAUCCACUAACAGAACCUGUGAUCAAGCUGAAUCUGACACUUAUAUUUGGAGGAAUUCUGAGUCAGCUGACUCAUCUGUACAUUAGUUCAGCUAUGAGGCCAAUGCAGUUGACUAUCGGCAGUAACAUGACAUCUAAACAGAACCUGAGUCUCCAGCUCAAAGGCCAGACGGUGUCAUUUCAGGACUGUGACAGACCUUUCUUUCAGUCUGUAACCCAUCUUCAUGCUGAUGCUGAAGAAUUCCUUUGUGGAUCUGAAUUCAUGGGAAAGUACUUCACGUCUGUGGAGACAUUUGACUACAGAUCGAAGCUUUCAGCUAAAAGGGUUGAUUUAACAUCAAUUAAUCAGCUGAUUCACCUGAGGAAACUGACUCUACGACAGGUGGAUCUUUUAAUACAGCGUUCUGCCGACAUCAUUUUUCACAACUUGACUAAACUGGAGGUUCUGGAAAUGUACCACUGCAGGAUUUAUUCUUUAGAGGGGAGUUUAACUAAAGACUUGAAAUCUUUGAAAACGUUGUAUUUGCUUAUAGAGAACAUUUAUAAUGUAUUCUACAGCUUUACUGAACCUCUCUCUAGGCUUAAGCAUUUGACAUUUGAUAAUUUACAGAUGUUUUGCAGUUGUGACAAUGCUUGGCUCAUUACAUGGGCAAAGGGGUGCAGGCAGGUUGAAGUGAUCAUGCUUACUCCGUAUACUAGUCCCGUUAUGUAUGCUUUGGAGGACUUGAUAUGCUUGUCGGACAAUGGAAUAGACACACCUAAUUUUGUCAAGUACACAGAAGCCAACUGCACAACAGAGGUUGGCUUUGUGCUCUUUGUUGCGACUGGCCUGGGAGUCCUGUUCUUCAUGCUGGUGGUGUUGGUCCAUAACCUGGCCGGCCCCUACCUCCUCCCCCUCUACCACAUCACCCUUGGCUGGCUGUUAGAAGCCAUGCGAUCCAACACCAGGGGGCGCUACCACUACGAUGCGUUUGUCUCCUAUAGCGGGAAGGACGAGCGCUGGGUGGUGGAGGAGCUGCUUCCCAAUCUGGAGCAGAGGGGUCCUCCUUUCCUGCGCCUCUGUCUGCACAGCAGGGACUUCCAGUUGGGGAAGGACAUUGUGGAGAACAUCACAGACAGCCUCUACCGGAGCCGUCACACCCUCUGCCUAGUCAGCCGCCACUACCUGCGCAGUAACUGGUGCUCUCUGGAGAUGAAGCUGGCCACCUACAGGCUGCAGGUGGAGCAAAGGGACAUCCUCCUCCUGGUCUUCCUGGAGAAGAUCCCCCCUCGCCGGCUGUCUGCCCACCACAGGCUGGCUCGCCUGCUGAAAACCAGGACUUAUCUGGACUGGCCCCAGGACCCCCUUCAGCACCAGGCAUUCUGGGACAGACUGUGGGCUAAACUGAAACCUCUGUCUGAAACGUGAGGUCAGAUGUUGAUGUACUGUAAGACAUUGUGGACUGAAAUGUGUCACCAGAGGUUAAUGUGGGACAUUGUGCUCGUGCAGAUGUAAUGUUGACACAUAUGUUGAGGUAUGGCAUUUGUCGUUUAAAGUACUCCGUACAAAUGUCAACCACUAUUUGGGAUUUGUUUUGACAAUUCUGGUGAAGUCCCUUUAAAUAUUCUACCUGCAGUGUACUUUUCAUGAUUCUUCUGACAUAAUCCUGUUUCAACUUCUUAGAAAAACAUCCAAUGCAUUUUUUUUACUUCCCCAAGUUUGAACAGAUUCUGUUUGUAUUUUUCAACACCAAAUCGCUAACCCGUGUCUUUGUUUGUAAAUGUGUUGCUAAGAGGAACUGAAAAAGGGAAUUAGCUCUGUUUCUGUUUUACUUCAGAUAACAACUUUACGCUGCUGUGAAUAACAAUAUGUUAAUGACCAA